AAAGAAUAAAAAAUUCUCUAUGGUUAAUUUUGUUUUUGUGAUUGUCAUUCACAAAGAGUAAAUUAAUAUGUCAUUCAUGAAAAAUGUGGCGAAUGGAAUGGUGGAAAAUGAAUGUGUAAUCUAAUUUUUGAGAUAGUAAAAAGAAGUACCUACUUAGCUACGAAUCUAAUCCUGAAUAAAAUGUUUUUGAUGUACAGUAGUCUCGUAACUUGCUCACUAAUAGUCGUGUCAGUGUUCCAUACGUCAUUGUUUACCUAAUAAUCUAUAUCAUCCGUGUUAUUUUAUAUCUAUUUUCGUCGGUUUCUGUAGUCAUAGUCAUGGAAGUGAAUCCCUUGAAUAUAUUUUUUGUAAAAUCUGAUAGCAAAGGAGAUAGGUUGCUCUUUAGGUAUCCAUACACAACAGAAAAUAAGGAUGAAAGUACACAGAAAAAGUGUGGCCGUCACAAUCCAUAUGCACUCUCUUCUACCGAGGACCUAUUACAGAACCCUCAGUCACAAACAUCAAAUAUCUGCAAAGGUCAGCUAAGUGGAUUCACAGAUGAAAUGCUGUCUACUUUAUUUGCGGUUAAGCCAGAGUUGUGCAACAGAAAGUUUGAGCUAAAAGUUAACGAUGUCCGAUUUGUUGGGCAUCCUACACUACUACCCUACAGGACCAAUAAGGAUGACACGGCUGCUAUGAUACUUAUAAAUAUUGUGUUUGCUUUGCAGGCAUCUGCAAGCCAUUCUAUUGUUAAGUGUUAUUACGAUUUAAGUAAAAGACUGGGAAAAGCACUGAGGCAUGAGGAGAAGAGGUGCUCAUAUUUGACUGAAGAAAUGAAAAUUAUGCUAGCUGCUCAUGAUGAAGUUUCAGCCUUAGAUAGUGAAUUAAAUUCAGGUGAAAAUGAUGAAGAAGAAGACAACCAACGUCACUCAGUGAGUUCCACAACACAUGUUGCGGACAAUGGGACGGAAGCUGGUCCAAAGUCAGCAUUCCAUCUCAUUCUGCAGAGGAGUUCUCUGGCGAGGUCAAUGAAAUCAGUUUUUGAAGAACUAAGUAGCACAGGUAUAGUUCAAGUGAGAAUCAACAAAUGGGUCCUAUUGUCAUUCUGCCUACCGCACAAAGCCCAUCAAAUACACAACAGGGGCCUUAUCAUAGAACCAGAGACAAUAGACAAAUGUUUGCAGAAAUUGAGGCCUUACCAUGGAAUAUUGUUGUUGGUUGACCCCAACGAACUUCUGGCUUCAAUACCGCUGGACGGUAGCCCGGCUCUCUUGCGUCUCAUAAAACUCUACAGUCCUCUAAAAAGCCUGCAAACCCUAGCCAUCGAAGCAGAUUUGAGUCUCACUCAGGUGUUCCAACUUACUGGCCACCUGGUGUAUUGGGCGAAGGCCACUGUGAUCUACCCGCUGUGCGAAGGAAACGUCUAUGUAGUAGCACCCGGAGCUAACGUGCAUAUCAACUCCCCUCUCGUGUAUGAGUUCGCUAAGGAAUUCCCUGGCCUUUGUUUAUUGCAAAUGCUGGGCGAGUUCUCUCUGCCGGCGCCGCUGUGGUACAUAGCGCGCGGCGCGGCGCGCGGCGGGCGGCUGGCGCGCGCUGUGGGCUGGCUGCUGCAGCGCCGGCUGCUGCUGCAGCUGCACACCUACGUGCAGUUCAACUCGCACUCCUGCUGGCUCAGCGAACACGAUGGCAAAGAGUACUUCUGCGAGAAACACAACAUCUAUAACCAAUCAUGCAGCGUGUCAUUCUCAUCGCUCAACCAAUUGCAGCUGAACGUUCCAGAACCUGUGGAACCGAGGGAGAGCACCAAUCUCUUCCCGGACUCCGAUGAGGACUGCCCAACGGAAAACAACCUCAACCAAACCGAUUUCUCACACACAAAACCUAUUGUCAUUGAAUCAGAUUACACAAAGUACGACAAAUUCAAUGAAGCAGAUUCCGCUAACCAUUCGUUCGAUGAUGGAGUCGAUUGUGUUGAUGGACUGAUCAAAACUAAAGAAACUAAAGGUGAAUGUGAAAAAGAUAAGAAAAUACACGGAAAUUCGGUAGAUAGUGGUAUUUCGAGCAAUAUAAAUGGAAACGGUGAAACUAAUGGGGUUAAUGGUCAUACGAACCUUAAUAAUAGUGAUGAUAAAACUGAGGAAAAAGUGAAAGUGCUGCCAUCUAAGUUGUCAAAUCUAUCGUUGAGAGAUAACGAGAGUACAUUGAACACUAGCAGUGAUGAAGACAAGUUUAGUGACCAGGAGAUCUCGCCCAGGCAGAAGAUGGGAAAUGCUUUUUUAAAUGGAGAAAAGAAAAAUGGAGUUUCGUUAAACCUGAAACUGCAGAGUGAAAUGAGCUUCCAGCAGCCGACGGUGUGGGCGAUGCCGCGCAGCUGCUCGGAGCUGCUGGCGAGCUUCCCGGCCGCGGCCCGGCCGGCGCUGGCCGCGGCGCCCGCCGCCGGUCACGCCGACGACCUGCUGCUCUUGGCGCAGCUACAUAAGAAGGGCUACUUCCGCGGCGAGCAGCAUUUAGAGGAGAUAAUGUUCAUGGAGAAUGUGAGCCGCUCGCAGCUGAUGCAGCUCCUGGACAAGUUCAAGCAUGUGCUCAUCACCUUCGAGACUGAAGACCCCGCUGUGGCCAUGCUGUACCCCUACCAGUAGAGAAAGACAUGUUAUCACCACACUAACCACUCAUUUAGCGUUUUCCUGGUUGUACUCGCGAUUGUGACGCCUCCAGCCAGACGAGAGUAUUGAAGGUUCCUCUGUUUUACAACCGGCCUCCUAUCUGACAUGGCAAGUGUUAGUGCGAUCUAACUGAAGAGAAAAUACUUUGAUUAGCGUGUGCUUCCGCCCUAAAAUAGGACCACUCCAUAUCCCCCUGUGCGUAUCGUACGAGACAAUUGAGAGAUACCCAGCCUAGGCAAGUGAUAGACAAUAGUAACAUUCCCGAAGAAGGUACAUUUCAGGCAAACGGUCGGUUGUAAAAUAGAAGCCGAAUAGUCAACAUUUGAAGGUUAUUUUUAAUGCUAACUUCGGGUUUCGCGGCGUCAUAGCACCGAACGCGCCAGGGAACAUGCGAAAUGACUGAACUAUAAUGAAAUGUGUAAAAAUAAACCAUUCAAGCAAUUACUUGUCAUUUCAAGACUGGAUUAAAAUUAACCGCCGCUGGUGUUACUCUGAUUGGACUGCUAACCAACAAACAUUUACACAAUCGUACAUUUUUUAUAUAACUUAGCUUAACUGUUGCCUUGAUAUAUUCACUGCCCAAAUCACAUAUAGAAUAUGAUAUAGAUUUACUGCAAAGAUUGUCGAUAAUAUGGAAAAAAUCAAUUGUCAUUAUUUCAUUAACCUAGUGUCAUAAAUAUUUGUUAUCAUUGUUACAAUAACCGCUGUAAGUAUGCUUUUCCCGAGAAGAGUUUGUUUUGAGUCCCGAGUAAUGCUACAAACAUCCAACAUUUUAUUUUUGGUUCAUUUUCGUUUUUGGUUCACAAAUGAGCUAGAUAGAUAUAUGUAUCUAUCAAUCGCAUUUGUGUGCCAAAAACGAGACUGCGGAAGAGUCCGGUAAUACCCUGAGAUGAAAGAGGAAGAGAGAUAUACGUAUUUACGACGAAAUGAGCAUAAUUUACUCCGCGAUAUUUAUUUAUAUUAUUUAUUUAUUGUUAUAUUGCAAGAGUUUGUAAUUUAUUAAUUUCUACUCCAAUCAUGCUCCCCCUCGGCCUAAAAACAUUCAUCUGUAGAGGAGUUUGUCAAGAAAGAGAAGAAAUUAAAUGUCUAAAUCUAUUUGGUGUUGCAAUGCCAACAAAAACUUAGUUCGUCAAUUCACAAUUUCUAUUGGUGCAUUAUUUAUUAUGCUUGGCUGUUCCUAAAUUUUGCAAUGUGCAUACAAAAAGCCAGGUAAAUUACCAAUAGAUAUGUUUUUUUAUUGUACUAUUUUUAUAGUCUAAUUAUUAUAUUACACAUUAUCUGGCUCUCUGUAUGAAAAUAUUUAUCAUUAUAUCUAGAAAAGAAACCGCCUAGCAUUAAUCAUAAAUAAUAAUUGUUAAUAUAUUUAAAAUACUUUUGUAUAACUAUAGAAAAAUAAAAUAAUUCGCCAUGAAA